AGCUGCUGCACCAUGAGUGUCUCUGCACUGAGCCUCACCAGACUCCCAGGGAGCAUCUCUGGAUUCCUCCAGCUGGCUUCCCUGCUGGGCUUGCUUCUGUUCCUGUUCAAGGCAGCCCAGCUCUACCUGCGCAGGCAGUGGCUGCUCAAAGCCUUUCAGCAGUUUCCAUCUGCACCCUCCCAUUGGCUCUUUGGCCACAAGAUCCAAAAGGAUCAGGAGCUAAAGCAGAUUCUGUCAUGGGUAGAGAAGUUCCCCAGUGCCUUUCCCCGUUGGUUCUGGGGCAGCAAAGCUCACAUUGUUAUCUAUGACCCUGACUACAUGAAGGUGAUUCUGGGGAGAUCAGAUCCAAAGGCCUCUGGUACCUACAGAUUCCUGGCUCCCUGGAUUGGGUAUGGUUUGCUCCUGUUAAAUGAACAGACGUGGUUCCAGCACCGGCGGAUGUUGACCCCAGCCUUCCACUAYGACAUCCUGAAGCCCUACGUGGGAAUCGUGGCUGACUCUGUCCGAGUGAUGUUGGACAAAUGGGAAAAACUCAUUGACAAGGACUCCUCUGUGGAGGUCUUCCAGCACAUCUCCAUGAUGACCCUGGACUCCAUCAUGAAGUGCGCCUUCAGUUACCAAGGCAAUGUCCAGUUGGACAGGCAUUCCCAGUCCUACAUCAAAGCCAUUGGGGACCUGAACAACCUGUUUUCUGACCGUGUAAGAAAUGUCUUUCACCAGAACGACACCAUCUAUGGUCUGUCCUCUGAUGGCCGCUUGUUCCACCGUGCCUGCCAACUUGCCCAUGAGCACACAGACCAAGUGAUCAAAGAAAGGAAGGCUCAGCUGCAGAACGAGAGAGAGCUGGAGAAGAUCAGGAGGAAGAGGCGCUUGGAUUUCCUGGACAUCCUCUUAUUUGCCAAAAUGGAGAAUGAGAGCAGCCUGUCUGAUGAGGACCUGCGUGCCGAGGUGGACACCUUCAUGUUUGAGGGCCAUGACACCACAGCCAGUGCUAUCUCCUGGAUCUUCUACGCUCUGGCCACAUACCCCGAGCAUCAGAAGAAGUGCAGGGAGGAGGUCCAGAGCCUCCUGGGGGAUGGAGACUCCAUCACCUGGGACCACAUGGACCAGAUGCCCUAUACCACCAUGUGCAUCAAGGAGGCCCUGAGGAUCUACCCACCAGUACCAGUUGUUAUCAGAGAGCUCAAAACACCUGUCACCUUCCCUGAUGGACGCUCUUUACCCAAAGGCAUCGUGGUCACGCUGUCCUUUUAUGGCCUUCACCACAACUCAAAAGUGUGGCCAAACCCAGAGGUGUAUGACCCUUUCCGGUUUGCACCAGAUUCUUCCCGACACAGUCACUCAUUCCUGCCUUUCUCAGGAGGAGCCAGGAACUGCAUUGGGAAACAGUUUGCCAUGAAUGAGCUGAAGGUGGCUGUGGCCCUGACCCUGCUCCGCUUUGAGCUGCUGCCAGAUCCCACCAGGAUCCCCCUUCCCAUACCGCGACUUGUAUUAAAGUCCAAGAAUGGGAUCCACCUGCGUCUCAGAAAACUCCACUAACACUGUUCUGGAAUCAGAAAUCCAAAGUGGGUAUCAUUGGUAUCAAUGAGAGAAGACCAAAUUGUGGAUGUAACCAGCCUUCCUCUGCAGGGUUUAGAGAGAAUCUUGACCCUUGACUUCUCAGACUCGAGCUGCAUUCCUUGCUUUCCUCCAUACUGGCUCCCUUGUACUUCUUUGAAGCCAGCAUCUUUUCAAACUUCUUUCUCUUACUGUCUUCACAUUUCCUUCCUGUUUGUAAGGAACCUUAUCAUUACAUCAAGUCCAUCCAGGUGAUCCAAGAUAAUUUCCCCAUCUCAAGAUCCUUUACUUAAUGAAAACUUGAGUUCCUUUUGACAUAUGAGGUAACGUAUUCAUGGGCUCUAAAGUUUAGGACUUGAGCAACAUUAGAAGCCAAUAAUGAACCCCACAGAAUCCCUCCCCAAAUGGCACCUCAUCUGUCUAUCUGAACCUCUCCUGAUGGUUUCUGUCUACCUGAUUGUCUUUCACAUAAACCUCUCCAUCUCCCUCCCUGAAAUAAAGUUUCUAAUGUCA